ACGGCUACAAGUGCAUGAGCAAAACGUAUCAGAUGACCCUCACCAAACACCGGUCUCGUUAACAAGCCCAUCGGAGUUGCCCGAACCGCCUCUUUCCGCGCAUACUAGCCAACAGCCCGUCGUCCAGCGAGCCCCGCGUUACUAACACCUCGGGCCCCACGUCAUGCAUGCCCUCCCCAAAAGCAUCCGGCGCGUCGCGUCGCCCUCUCUUUCUUCUUUCCUUUCUUCUUUUUCUCCUCUUCUCCCACAAUGUCCACGCCCACUAUUCCUAAAUUCAGCCCCGGAGAAGCCGUCAACCAAGAAAAUGGUCUGAUCCACGGCGUCUCAGCGCAGGAGCUACAGAUUCUAGGGGAGCAAUGCUUUGAUGCGCGCGAGAGGGCUUAUUGUAACCUUACUUUUGUGUAUAAAAAAUGGGUAAGGGAUAGGAAUAGUUAUAUACCAACAGAAAGUCCCUACUCCCUCUUCCGCGUCGGCGCCUCCCUCCUCCUCAACACCUCGAACCCUACCGCCCCAUCUACAACCCACAUCAUCACGGGCGCAAACGUAGAAAACGCCGCUUACCCCGUCGGCACGUGUGCCGAGCGCGUAGCCAUGGGCACAGCCGUGAUAGCAGGGCACCGUAUCGGCGCCUUCAAAGCCGUCGGCGUCACAACCGACAUUGUGGAUUUUUGCUCUCCAUGCGGCAUGUGUCGCCAGUUCUUACGCGAGUUUUUGAAGCUUGAGACGCCGAUUUUCAUGUUUAAUAAGGAGGGCAAGUGGAUUGUUAGGACAAUGGGGGAGUUGUUGCCGCUCAGCUUUGGGCCGGAUGUUUUGCCACCGCGGGAGGAGUUGAGGAAGGGACAGGAGGGGGAUAAGGCGAAGAGUGCGUAGAAAGGGUGGGGGAUUGGUGAUAUGUGCAUUGGAGGUGUUGGUGGUGGUGGUGGUGGUGGUGCAUUGCAUGGUUGGUGGGGAGUAUGAGCAUCAGAUGUGUUGGAUAUGCAAUUCAGGUGCUAGAUUAGACGGGUACAUAUUCUACAAACAGAAUUGAAUACAACAGAAUACAAACAACGUAUCU